CAGCUUGAUACCAUUCAUUUACAAUGAUAUAUUCAAACAUUCGAUGCCUACAUUUAGAACUCCAAUCUAUUUAUCAUGAAUGAAUUUUGUCUCAGUUUAUUGAUCAUCGAAAGCGGAAGGUGUUGAACAACUAUGUCGUUUUAUUCUCAGAUUUAUUAUCUCCAAUCACUCAGGACGCUAACUUCCAAAAGCAAUCAUUUUUGGAGUCACAGUUUGAAGUAUCCUUAAUUUACAUUAUCAUUGUAUCAUACAAUAAUUCGGUGAAUAUCAGUCAAACCUACGUGAAUGCAUAUUUCUGAUAUGUAUCAAUAGCACAAUGAAAAUGAAAGGAAAAUUUGUAAAUUCAAUGGGUCCGUUUGAUAUUUGUCAAAAAUUGUAUCAACAGCAAAGAAAUAAAACAAAUGAUUGUGAUUUUUUAUUGGAAUGUGAAUCACAUAGUCAAUUAGUGCAUAAAUGUGUAUUGCGUGCUGUCUCAACAAAAAUUGAUCAAUUCUGUAUGGCGGAAGAAAAUGCAGAACGUUUGACAGAUACUACUGAUAUCAAUUGUCAUAGACAGAGCAAUACUGUUAUUAUUGAUUCGAAAAAUUGUUGUGAUAAUAAUAAUAAUGAUGAUACUAAUCAUGACAAUACCAGAGUGAAACACUCAAGGAAUUCAUUUCAUCUAGGCCAGAUAUCUGCAAGUACAUUGGAUACUUUUGUUAAAUAUAUUUAUCAAUCAGAAAUUACACUUGAUGAUACAAAUGCAAUUGAAUUGUUCAAGGUUGGUGCUUUAUUAAAUGUACAAUUUAUUCAAGACUCCUGUAUUGACUAUCUAAAAACUAGUUUGAAUGAAAGUAAUUGUCUAUUAUUAAUGAGACUCAAUGGUACAAUAAAUAAUUGUGAAGGGAAUCAACUAGCUGACGAAUGCGUCAAAUAUGCAGCAAAACAUUUUGAUAAAUUGUUAGGUAGUAAUGAGGCCUUGAACAUGGAACCCACAGAACUGUUGGCUAUACUACAACAUGAUGAAUUCAGAGUUCAAGAUGAAUGGAAACUCUUGGAAUUUAUACAUUUAUGGAUCAAAGAGGAUUAUAGUAAUCGUAACACAUAUAAAGAACAGUUAUGUGAACAUAUACGUUUCCAACUGUUAGACACAACCGAGUUGCUUGAUAUAAUGGAAAAUCAAGAGAUGACUUUAUUUCACUCAUAUGUAAAACAGGCACUUAUUGACAUAGGUCGAAUAUCGAAGUCAGCAGCAGUGGCCAAAUGGAAUCGUGAAUCAAAUGAUUCCAUAGAUGAAGAGAAGAAAUUGACUGAUUUACCAGCAUGUAGUUCAGAAACUGAUUCAAUCACACAAAAUACAACUUUGAUAUGUUUUGGAGGACGAUUAUCUGACAAACGUUUUUCAUCAAACAUCACAUGUUAUAAAAUUUGUGAAUUGAAAUCAUCUCUCAGUCAGCAUGAAAAUUUAUUGAUUGAUCAAUAUCAGAAUUGUAAUGUUGGUGAAAAUGAUUCGAGUGAUAAUUACAUGGGACCAUGUACAUUUCCUUAUUUAAAACAUAUAAAUUUACCAAAUUUAAAAACCAUGCCUUCUUUAAGAAAGGGUUUCGGCGCUGUGAAUUUAAAAGAUAAAAUAUAUCUUAUUGGUGGAAAACCUAAAAAUUCAAUGCGAACAUCAGAUAUUUACGAUAUUUCACUAGGUUUAUGGUCAAGCGGACCAAAUUUAAAAACUGGACGGAGUUGGCAUUCCCUUACAGAAUGUGGCGGUGUGAUAUAUGCCAUAGGAGGUGUUGGAGAAGAUGUUGUUAAAAUGAACACAGGUGGUUCAUGGAGAUUAUCUAAUGAUUUUGAGUUUCAGACAGCUAUCAUAUAAAAGUCGGUGAUGUUCGAUCAGUAACAAGAAUUCAGUGUAGUUGGAAAUAUCGAACGUUGAAUACAGAUUCGGUAGUCUGGGAGCCACAUGGUGUUCACAAACCUUGAACGUCCUACAUUCAACACCUCUUUGAGUCGCGUAUGCUUGUUGGUGAGAAGUCUUAUACUAAAACAAGACUACCGUUCAAUGUCUCAUGAUUUCAGACGAUUGUCUACCUAAAAUCAGUCUGUGGAGUUAACUACAUACGUUGUUUCAUUGAGUAUUCACAUACUGUUCUAUCACCAUUUUAAACCAAGCAUAUGAGAACAGUCCUGACUAAAUGUUCAAUGCGAGCAUUAUUACCAUUUUGAUUUAUUUAUUUUCAUUCAUUUCCACAGGUCAGACCUUGUCAUCCGUUGAGAUGUUUGAUCCAAGAGUAAGUAAGUGGGAAUCAUGUCCAUCAAUGCUCAGUCCCCGAUUUGGUUUUAGUGCUUGCUCUACGAAUAAUGAAAUUAUAGUUGUUGGUGGAGUGGACGAUUCAACCAUUGAGUUGUAUGACAGAACGUCAGGAAAAUGGAAGCCUCUGAUGAAAAUGUCCGAAGUACGUGAAGCUUCAAGUGUUUUUAUGCAUAAUGAUUGUUUAUAUAUUUGUGGUGGAGCAAAUCAAACUGGUUGUAUGAAUACCACAGACAUUUUGUCAUUGAAAGCUAUGAGUUGGAGUAAAGGCAAACCAAUGAUUUUACAUCGUGCAUUUACUGCUACAAGUGUUUGGCAUAAUUAUGUCUUCCUCAUCGGUGGUCGUAACAAUACGCAACCGUCAAAUUUAAUUCAAACUUAUAAUUUAAAAACAAAUGAAUGGGCUGUUUUACCACAGACUCUACCAUAUCAUGUUUCAAGUUGUUGCGCUAUAACUACCAAUCUCUUAUAAAUUCAUGUAAACAAUCAUUUUUGUAACUUUUCAAAGAUCAUGUAAUGAACUUGAAGCUUAGUGUUGAUGUGCAGUUUUGUAC